AUGAAGAUAGACUUUAGAGCAGCCAAUCCAAUACAGACAAAGAUACCAAAGGAUUAUAAACAAUAUAAAGAAGCAAAGGAUAAUGUUGUAAUUCAAUCAAAUACACAACCUUGCAAGAGGACAUCCAGAUCAGAUGAACAAUUCAGACAAAUAUUUAUGAAGACAGGUAUAGUUACGCAAGCAUCUGGAUCAUCAUAUAUAGAGAUAGAGCAAACCAAGCUGAUAUGUUCAGUACAUGGACCUCGAGCUACACACAAGACAGAACUGUUUGAGACGGCAAAGCUGAAUUGCGAGUUGAAGUACGCAACGUUUUCGGUGAGUGGAGAGCGAGCUGACUAUGUGGAGAGUACAAAGGAGAAGGAUUAUGGUCUGAUCAUCACACAGUCGAUAAUCGGUGCACUCCGUCUUGAGAAGUACCCAAAGGCAGUGAUCGAUGUCUAUAUAAUGGUGCUCAAUGAUGAUGGUGCAGUGUUGGAGGCGGCAAUCACCGCUGCCAGCAUGGCUCUGGCGGAUGCAGGUGUCGAGAUGUAUGAUAUGGUGGCGUCAUGCUCGUCCGUGUGUCUGGGCGACAAGGUGCUGCUCGACCCAACACACAAGGAGGAAUCCCUGGCCCAGGCCGGCCAUGUCCUCGUCUCCAAGAUGCCAUCCCUCAACGAGAUCACACAACUGUUGCAAACUGGAGAGUUGUCCUACAGCAAUGUUGUCGAUGGUAUUGAUCUGUGUAUUGAUGGUUGCGACAAGAUGUAUUCAAUCAUGAGACAGAGCUUAGUGGACUCACUGCAAAAGAAGUUGGAGAAGAAAGAACAACAACUGGAAUAG